UUCUCAAGUUUAAAUGACCACUUUUUUAACAGGAGUUUCCAUAUCUUUUGCGCUCUGCAAAAUUGGUACUUUCAACUAAAACAAAGGAGGAGCCAUGACUCGGUGGUGGUCGUUAAGGUGGCGGAUGGCGGUGGUUGCCACCGUGUUCAUUGUGUUUCUCACGAAUCCGGUGAGAUCACAGCCCCAAACAAACGUACUAACGCAAUCUUGCAGCCAAGUUAACGUCAUAAACUUCCAAAUUUUUAUUAGCAAUCUUAAUGAUACAUAUCGAGAUAUCCGUAGACAAUUAUCCAACAAUAACACCUACUUUGCUACCUCAAAUGUGGCAAGUAAUUCGGAGCCGGUUUACGUAAUGGCUCAGUGCAGGAAGUAUAUGUCGACAAGCGACUGCGUCCGUUGUUUUGAUUUCGCAGCUAGUUCGAUACGUAGCUGCUCCACGUUCAACGGUGCCCGAUUAGUACUUGACGGCUGUUUUCUUAGGUACGAGAGUAGUCCUUUCAAUGAUCAAACAACAUUGCCAGGAGAAAAUAAAGUCUUAUGCGAUAAUAGUACUUCAUCAGGGCAAAGCGUUUUCGAAACGACUAUGGAUGGAUUAUUGUCUAAUCUUUCUAUCGCAACACCAAAUAUAAAUGGGUUCUACGCUGCAGCCACAACGCCAGUCGUUGGUACCAAUACAACUACUGCUUAUGCAAUAGCUCAGUGUGUGGAGACAGUAACACCCGACAGUUGCAAAAGUUGCUUGCAGGCGGCAUAUGCCAACAUAAGGAGUUGUACCACUGAUGCUAGUAACGGAAGGGCUGUUAAUUUAGGGUGUUUUAUGAGGUACUCCAACACUGCAUUUUUCAGAAACAACCAAACAUUUGACAUUGCACCAUUUCUACGAGUUGGAAGUUCAAGCAAUAAGGUAGUCAUUAUUAAAGGUGUGGUUGGAGGUGUAGGUGGUGUGAUCAUCUUGCUAAUAGUUAUACUUUGGUGGUAUGGCCGAUCCAAAAGAACAACACCGGGAGGCGGGGCAACUGAAGUGAAAGACUCAAAGGAUUACAGCUAUAUUGAUCUUAAGAAAGCGACAAACGAUUUUGGUGACGAAAAUAAGCUUGGAGAAGGAGGGUUUGGAGAAGUGUACAAGGCAAUUUUGGAUGACAACAAAGUUGUGGCUGUGAAGAAGCUUAAAGUUGGACACACUGGAGCAAAAACAGGAUUUGAAAAUGAAAUCUUACUUAUAAGUCAAAUUCGUCAUCGAAAUCUUCUCGGUCUCCUUGGGUGGUGCAGUGAAGGAUCCAAUCUACUUCUUGUCCUUGAAUAUAUGCCAAAUGGAAGCCUUGAAAGAUUUCUAUGGGGUGAAAGAAAGGGAACACUUAACUGGAGAAAAAGAUAUGACAUUAUCUUAGGGAUAGCUAGGGGUCUCGCACAUCUACACAAAGAAUUCCAUGUUAAAAUUGUGCAUAGAGAUAUAAAAUCUAGCAACAUUCUCCUUGACGAUGAUUUUCACCCAAAGAUAGCAGAUUUUGGAUUGGCAAGGUUUCAGCCUGAAGAUCAAAGUCAAGUUAUCACCAAGUUUGUUGGGACACUGGGUUACACAGCGCCAGAAUAUGUACGAUACGGUGCUUUAUCAGAUAAGGUUGACACUUUCAGUUUUGGUAUUGUGAUCCUUGAAAUCAUUAGCGGUCGAAGGUGUACUAACGAGAACUUUGAUGGACCAUCAACCGAUCAUCUCCUUGAACAUGCAUGGAAGCUCUAUGAAAACCAAAAAAUUGUGAUGCUAGUUGAUGAGACAAUGAACGUCAAUCCAGAUGAAGAAAAACAUGUGAUGAAGAUAAUUGAGAUUGCUUUAUUGUGUACCCAGUCACCAGCUUCAAAAAGACCAACCAUGUCUGAAGUUGUUUUAAUGCUUUCUAAUGAUCCAUCGUACGAGGAAAGACAACUUACCAGACCUACUCUCCCUGAUCAAAAUCGGAGGAUUCAUAUAGGAUCUUCAUAGAAUUUUAAUGGCAUUGUUUAGCAAAAGUCAAAGCAAUUAGUGGUGACUGACUAAUUACAUGUGAUGGAGAACGAGAAAAGAACAUAUUUUAUAUGUGUGUUUCGUUUGGGUUUAGAAUUACAUGCAAAUACUAACUGAACGGUUAGUUUUUAAUUGAAAA